ACAUAGUAUUCGUUUGGCAUAUCUUAAUCGUUUAUUGCGAUUUUGGAUGACUUAAAUUUAGAGGGGGAAAAGGAGAGAACGGGCACCGGAAAAAUUCUCCACGGUCCAUCGUGGACUGGAGAGGGGCUGAGACCGUCCCUUGUUCCCUCACUCCCAGUCCCCAGUUCCAUACACAGCUUCUUCUACAGUCGGUUUAACACACGUACCUCUCUCUCUCUCUCUCUCUCUCUCUCUCUCUCUCUCCCCAUUAAUGGCUACUCCAGUCAUCACGCCUAUCAUUCGCUUCAACCCAUACGCAUCUACUUCCAAAUCUCCAUCGCCCUACCCAUCAAACCUCCCAAAACCCAGAUUCCAAAUCAGACCCACACCAACCAAACUCAACGUUUCAACGAAAAACCACUCUCUAGCCGCAGCCGCCUCUCUCUCCGAUCCAUUCGUCCUCCAAAUCGCAGAAACCCUAGAAGACUCUCUCUCUACCACCACCCCACCACCACCCCUUCUCCAAAAGCUCAGAGACACCUCAGCAGAGUCCCUCCUCUCCACCCCAUGGCCCACUCGCAAAGAUGAGCCUUUUCGGUUCACAGACACCUCCUUCAUCAAGCUCUCCCAGAUUCAGCCCGUUCCUUCCCCACCCCAAUCCGUCAACCCUUUGGGCUUUUCAACAGAUACCCAGUUGCCCAAUCUUGUUUUUAUUGAUGGGUUUCUUGUAGAUUCUCUCUCCCAGUUACCCCCACUCCCUGAUGGGGUUUUUGUUGGUAGCUUAAUAAGCCUCAAUUCAGAGGCUAUUAUGAAAAGGGUAUCUGAAUUCGUGUCGAAUUUCCAAGGAGACUUGUUUUGGUCACUUAAUGGGGUGGGCACACCUGAUUUGGUGGUUGUGUAUGUUCCAGAGGGGUGUAGAGUUGAAAGUCCUUUGCAUUUGAGGUAUUGUUCGGUCGAAGGGGUGGAUAGCGGGUCGAAAAUUUUGCCCGUUUCGAACCCGAGGGUGUUGGUGGUGGUGGAGAAGGGAGGGGAGGUUGGUAUAGUUGAGGAGUACGUGGGGGGAGAUGGACAGAAGUGUUAUUGGGCGAAUUCGGUUACGGAAGUGGUGGUUGGAGAAGGGGCGAAGGUUAGCCAUUCUUACAUUCAGAGCCAGUCUCUGAAUGCUGCUCAUAUCAAAUGGACUUCUGUUAGGCAGGAAUCAGAAAGCACAUAUGAGCUAGUAGAGGUAAGCACUGGUGGGAAGUUGAGCAGACACAAUCUCCAUAUUCAGCAAGUCGGACCAGACACGGUGACAGAGCUAUCGACGUUUCACUUGUCUUUCAGCGAUCAAACACAAGAUCUUCAUAGUAAACUUGUGUUGGACCACCCACGAGGGUUUUCUCGGCAACUUCACAAGUGCAUUGUGGCUCAUUCCCUGGGACAGGCUGUAUUUGAUGGGAAUGUCCAGGUGAAUAGAUAUGCACAGCAGACAGAUGCAGGUCAACUAACAAGGAGCCUGCUCCUUGAGCCCCGUGCAACCGUGAAUGUCAAGCCAAAUCUCCAGAUUAUUGCUGAUGAUGUGAAGUGCUCACAUGGAGCUGCAAUUAGUGAUCUAGAAGAGAACCAACUCUUCUACUUUCAGGCAAGGGGAGUUGACUUACAGACGGCUAGAAGAGCGCUCAUCUUCUCCUUUGGAGCUGAGGUGAUUCAGCGUUUGCCUCACCCCUUUCUCCGAAAGAAAGUGGAAAGUGAUAUUAAAGAAUUGUUGGAUCCUGCGGUGAAAGGUUCCAAGUGAGAGGGGUAGAUGAUAUACAGAUCUAAAUUUGUUCUGUAAAUUAUCAUUGUUUCAAUUUUUCCCUUCCUUUUCUUAAAGAACAUUUAUCCAUAUACAAGAAUGAGUUGAGUUUCACUGUUCAUCA